CGAUCAGUUGCUGGCGGGCGCUCUAACCCUUCGGUUGUUUCAGUCUCAUUGUGUGUGUGUUGCAAGUAAAGAAAGAAAGUGACCCGCGAGUGGAGUAGUCCUCCUCCUCCUCCGCCGCCCUUCACACUCCCACAACCAGUUAGUCGCGCUUCUUAAUUCAUCGUCAAUGUGUGUCCUUGCCAUGCGCAAGCGCAAAGUGCAAAUUGAAAAAUUUUAUUUUCCCACAUGAUAAGAAGAAGUGUGCAAAAUAAUUAAAACUCAAGUGGCAAAAAACUCCAAUCAAUUUCAAUAUUUAUCUACAUAUUAACUGUAUCACAGAAAGUUAAAUUAUUCGUUUAUAACCAACUAAACUGACGGCUGGAGCUGCUUCUGCUGCUGCAAUCUUCAAGUGACAAAAAUGGAUUUAUCGAGGCGGUUGUGCUCAACUGCCUUGAUAGCAUUCAUCAUACUUAUAGGCAUCCAUAAUUCACAGAGUAGAUUCCCUGGACUACGACAAAAAAGACAAUAUGGUGCGAAUAUGUAUCUACCGGCCAGCUCGGUGACGCCGGGUGGCGAGGGUGAAGAUCCCAAUGAGUGGACUGAAUGGAGUACUCCUUCCGAUUGUUCACGCACCUGCGGUGGGGGUGUCUCUUAUCAGACGCGCGAGUGUCUAAACAGAGAUCACAAUGGCGAUGCCGUUUGCAGUGGUGGCGAUCGCCGUUAUUAUUCCUGCAACACUCAAGAUUGUCCGGACGAAGAUCCCGACUUUCGUUCGCUGCAAUGUUCGCGUUUCAAUGACCAGAAAUUCGAUGGAGUUCUCUACGAAUGGGUGCCCUAUACCAAUGCACCGAAUCCGUGUGAGUUGAAUUGUAUGCCAAAGGGCGAACGGUUUUACUACAGGCAGAAGGAGAAGGUUGUCGAUGGCACACGUUGCAAUGACAAGGAUCUCGAUGUCUGUGUGAAUGGACAAUGCGAGAAAGUGGGCUGCGACAUGAUGUUGGGCAGCGAUGCCCAGGAAGACAAGUGCCGCAAGUGUGGUGGAGAUGGUAGCACCUGUAAGACAAUUCAGAAUACUUAUAGCUCCAGAGAUCUGGCUGCUGGAUAUAAUGAUUUGUUGUUGGUACCACAAGGCGCCACCAAUAUACGCAUCAUAGAGUCAAGCCCGUCAAAUAACUAUUUGGCCUGCCGCAAUCAGAGUGGUCACUACUACCUGAACGGUAAUUGGCGCAUUGAUUUCCCACGUCCCAUGUUCUUUGCUGAUUCCUGGUGGAACUAUCAGCGCAAACCCAUGGGAUUCGCUGCACCCGAUCAAUUGACUUGCAGUGGUCCCAUAUCCGAGAGCAUUUACAUUGUGAUGUUGGUUCAGGAUAAGAAUGUUAGCAUUGAUUACGAGUACAGCAUUCCCGAGUCGCUGAGUCACAGUCAACCGGACGCCCAUACAUGGACACAUCGCGAAUUUGGUCCCUGCAGUGCCUCGUGCGGCGGUGGCACUCACAAGCGUACCGUGACUUGCCACAAUCGCAUCAACUUGCAGGAGGUGGACAGUGGACUCUGCGAUCCUAAUGCCAAGCCCGAUGAGGAACAAGCCUGCGGCACAGAGCCCUGUGCUCCCCACUGGGUUGAGGGCGAAUGGAGCAAAUGCUCAAAGGGUUGCGGCUCCGAUGGUUUCCAAAACCGAACAGUUACCUGCACUCGCAUCUCAUCAGAUGGGGAACAUACAGUUGAAGAUGAUGCAGUAUGCCUGGAGAAGGUUGGCAAUAAGCCGGCUACGACUCAGGAGUGCAAUCGUGAUGUUAAAAACUGCCCGAAAUAUCAUUUGGGUCCCUGGACACCAUGCGAUAAACUGUGCGGCGAUGGCAAGCAAACCCGUAAAGUUACCUGUUAUAUUGAAGAGAACGGCCGUAAACGCGUCUUGCCCGAUGAGGAUUGUGUCGAGGAUAAGCCUGAGGCGGAGAAGUCCUGUCUCCUGGCACCUUGUGAGGGUGUUGAUUGGAUUAUUUCACAAUGGAGUGGUUGCAACGCUUGCGGACAGAAUACUGAGACUCGUACGGCUAUUUGUGGAUCGAAGGACGGCAAGGUAUAUCCCGAGGAGUUCUGUCAACCAGAAGUCCCCUCACUAACCAGGGAGUGCAAGUCACCGAAAUGCGAUUCACAAUGGUUCUCAUCGGAAUGGAGCAAAUGCUCGGCACCUUGCGGCAAGGGAGUCCAGUCCCGCAUAGUUAUCUGCGGUGAAUUCGAUGGCAAAACGGUUACGCCAGCCGCUGAUGAUUCCAAAUGUAAUGCCGAUACAAAACCAAAGGCUGAACAAGAAUGCGAGGGCGAAGCAAAGGAGUGUCCGGGAGAAUGGUUUACUGGCCCAUGGGAUGAGUGCAGCAAACCUUGCGGUGGCGGUGAACGUGUUCGUGAGGUCUUGUGUCUUUCCAAUGGUACCAAGGCAUCUAAUUGUGAUGGAAAUAAGGUGGAGUCCAUCUCCGAGAAGUGUAAUACUGAUGCUUGCACCGAUGAUGAGGUUUUGCCUCUUACCAGCACUGAUAAACCCAUUGAAGACGAUGAGGAUGAGUGCUCUGAAGAUGACAGUGAUGUUGAGUUGAUCACGGAUAGUCUUCCAGACGAAACAAAGAGCACCGACCAAUUUGAAACCGACGAUGAUUCGGAAACGGAAUCUACUCUGUUCACUGAUGAGCUGAUGUUGAGUGAUAGCCCUGAUACAUCAACCACUGAAGACUUGGCUUCGACAGAUAGUACUGUGGAAGGCUCUGGAGAUAAUACAGAGAGUACAUCGGACAGUGGUAUUUCAUCUGUUGAAGGCAGUGGAGAUACCGAUGAAACAACAGAUUCAUCUUCAGACGCAACAACUGAUGUAUCAGGUUCCACUGAUGUCUCAGACACUUCCAGUUCUGAAAGCAGCGACGCAACAUCCGAAGGAUCCUCGGGUGCAAGUUCUGAAUCGAGCGAUUCAACUGAUGCGUCUACAGAAUCCAGCGAUCUUUCAUCAGCAACAUCUGAUGUCUCGACUGAAAUAUCUGGAUCAACAGAUGCUUCCAGCUCCACAGAUGCCUCAAGCAUCUCUUCAGACUUGACCUCUGACUCCACAGAUUCCUCCGAUAAAACAACUGACAGCAGUGAUGCUACAUCUUCAGUUACCGAUUCAAGUGACACCACAGAUAUUCCUGCUUCCGAAGGAUCAACUGAGCAAUCGGCUUCUACAAGUGGAUCAGAAUCAACCGAUGCUUCAUCUACAUCUGGUUCAACUGAUGCAUCUUCUUCAAGUGAUGCAUCGUCCACGACUGAUGGUACAACCUCCAGUGAUGUCUCCGCAUCGACAGAGUCUACCUCAGAAGACACCACUGAAAGUACACCCGAGACUUCUACGGAUACAACCGAAUCCUCAUCGACUGACGAUUCAAGCACCACAGAUGCUUCAAGUUCAGAAAGUACAGCGGACAUAUCUUCCAGUUCCUCAGUAUCAAGCGAUCUAUCAAGCGAAGAAUCAACAACCGAAGGAGGUAGCACUGUUGAAAGUUCUACUGAUGGUUCAAGUUCAUCUGAUGGUUCCAGCGAUGGCUCCACCGAUGUCACAACCGAUGCAUCAAGCGAUGCCUCAACUGUUGGCUCCUCCGAUGAUACGACCGAUGGCACAUCAGAUGGCUCCACUGAAGGUUCAUCAGAUGACACAACUGAUUCUACCAAGGAAGACAACACCGGCUCAACCGAAAGCACCGAAGCUGGUUCUUCAGAUGGAUCGACUACUGACGUUAGUAGUUCUAGCGGCUCGUCGGAUGCCACUGAAUCGACUGAUCUUACUGAUUCAACUGCGUCACCUGGAUCAACUGAUUCUUCCACCGACGCAUCCACAGAUUCAAGUGGAUCAACGGAAUCUACCGAAAGUGUUGCAACUGAAGAAAGCACAUCCGAAGGAUCAACCGAAAGUACGACUGAAGGAUCUACAGACAGUUCAACUGAAGGAUCCUCUGAUAGCACCACUGAAGGAACCUCCGAUAGCACCACUGAGGGAUCUACUGAUAGUUCGUUAUCCACAGACUAUGGCAGCAGUACUAGCGACAUCUGGAGUUCAUCCGACAAAGAUGAGGAGGCUGACUCUACUACGCCAAAUACCUGGGAAUCCACAAUCGGAAAGGAUAAGCUGCGCAAGUGCAAGCCCAAGAAGAAGGAGUGCUCCAAGUCCAAAUACGGAUGUUGUCCGGAUGGCAAAUCUACACCGAAAGGUCCAUUUGACAAAGGCUGCCCCAUUGCCAAAACUUGUGCUGAUACCAAGUACGGUUGCUGCUUGGAUGGUGUCUCACCAGCUGAGGGCAAGAACCACAAGGGUUGUCCGAAAUCGCAGUGCGCCGAAACUCUCUUUGGAUGUUGCCCAGACAAGUUCACUGCUGCUGAAGGUGAGGAUAAUGAGGGAUGCCCAGAAACGACAACGGUGCCACCUACAACAACCUCCGCCCCUGAAGAGACAACCAUUGAAGUUGAGGGCUCCGGCGAACCUGAAGCUGAGGUUGCUAAGUCAUGUUCGUUUGGUAAAUUUGGCUGCUGUCCGGAUGGUAAGUCGCCAGCGAAGGGUGAGAACUUCCAAGGAUGUGAGGAGAAAGCAGCGCCAAAGGAACAACCAAAGGGCUGUGAGAGUACAACACACGGCUGUUGCCCAGAUCGUCGCACUCCUGCUGCUGGUCCUGAUGGACAAGGCUGCUCAGCUUGCACAGCGGAACCAUUCGGAUGUUGUCCUGACAACGAGACACCAGCUCAUGGCCCAAGUGGUGAGGGCUGCUGUCUAAGCGCUGCCUAUGGAUGUUGUCCUGAUAAUAUUGUGCCCGCUCGUGGUCCCAACUUUGAAGGAUGCGAUUGUAAUGCUUCUCCCUAUGGCUGCUGUCCAGAUCAAAAGACUGCCGCCCGUGGCUACAACCAAGAGGGUUGUGCCUGCGAAACCACUCGCCAUGGCUGCUGUCCCGACAAGAUCACAGCUGCCAGUGGCCCCAAGUUCGAGGGUUGCCCCUGCGAAACAACUCAAUUCGGUUGCUGUCCCGAUGGUCUUACCUUUGCCAAGGGACCACAUCAUCACGGCUGUUACUGCUCUCAGACGGAGUUUAAGUGCUGCGAGGAUGGCAAGACUCCGGCCAAGGGUCCCAACCACGAGGGUUGCACCUGCCUGGAAAGCGAGCACGGCUGUUGUCCCGAUGGCGUUAGCAAGGCCACAGACGACAAGUUUGGUGGCUGCGAGAACGUGCAAGAACCACCACAGAAGGCUUGUGGAUUGCCCAAGGAGACGGGCACCUGUGGAAACUUCAGCGUCAAAUACUACUUCGAUACGUCAUAUGGCGGUUGCGCCAGAUUCUGGUACGGAGGCUGCGAUGGUAAUGCUAAUCGUUUCGAGACGGAAGCCGAGUGCAAGGAUACUUGUCAAGAAUACGAAGGACAACAUGUGUGUCUGCUACCCAAGAGUUCUGGCCCCUGUCAGGGAUACACCAAGAAGUGGUACUUCGAUGCUGAUCGCAAUCGUUGCGAGGAAUUCCAAUAUGGCGGCUGCUACGGCACGAACAAUCGUUUCAACAGUCUGGAGGAGUGCAAGGGCACUUGUGCGAUCAGUGAAAGCUUACCUGCUUGCGAGCAGCCAGUGGAGAGUGGUCCAUGUGCUGGAAACUUUGAGCGUUGGUACUAUGACAAUCAGACCGAUGUCUGUCGUCCCUUCACCUAUGGCGGUUGCAAGGGCAACAAGAACAACUAUCCCACCGAACAUGCCUGCUCCUAUAGCUGUCGUCAACCGGGCGUACUUAAAGAGCAAUGCUCACUUCCUAAGCAAACUGGUGAUUGCAGCGAACAGCAUGCCAGAUGGCAAUUCUCUGAGACCGAGAAACGCUGCGUGCCCUUCUACUACACGGGUUGUGGUGGCAACAAGAACAAUUUCCCCACAUUGGAGUCAUGUGAAGACCAUUGUCCCCGGCAAGUUGCCAAGGAUAUAUGUGAAAUACCCGCUGAGGUGGGUGAGUGUGCCAACUAUGAGAGUGUCUGGUAUUAUGACACCAAGGAAGAGUCCUGUCGCCAGUUCUACUACGGAGGUUGUGGCGGCAACGAGAAUCGUUUCACCUCCGAGGAGGCUUGUCAGACACGCUGCGAGAAGAAGAAAGAAGAGCCAACCCCCCCGCCAGCCUUAAGUACAGCCCAUGUUUGUGAUGAGCCCGAGAGUGCGGGUGAUUGUGACAAGUGGAUUAUCAAAUGGCGUUUCGACAAAACUUCUAGCUCAUGUACUCAGUUCUAUUAUGGUGGAUGCGGUGGCAACGGCAACCGUUUCGACACAGAAUCCGACUGCCAGCAACGUUGUGGCAGACAGCCCGAACCUGAGCCUGAGCCCCAGCCACAGCCACGUCCAGUGCAGACCCAAACCCGUCCAAGACCGGCCGUUAAUCUGUGCGAUCAGCCGGCAGAUGUGGGUACAUGCGAUCAAUAUGUACUCAAAUGGAAUUACAAUGCUACAGAGAAUCGUUGUCAGCAAUUCUAUUAUGGCGGUUGCGGAGGCAACGAUAAUCGUUUCGAGACAGAGCAAGACUGUUCCGCACGUUGUGCUCCUGCGAUAGACAAUCGGUUCGAUGGGCCCGAUCCUGAGGAGCAGCAUCCAGAGCCCGAUACAUCAAAAUGCUUCCUGGCCUACGAUUCGGGCAAUUGCUAUGAAAAUGUGACACGUUGGUACUACAACAGUCAGGAGGGUUUGUGCGAUGAAUUCACGUACACGGGCUGUGGCGGCAAUGCAAAUAACUAUGGCAGCGAAGAGGAGUGUCAAAACGAGUGCAAUGAUGCCCAAACCACUUGCUCCCUGCCUCCAGUUCGUGGACGUUGCGAUACUCUGUCUACCCGCUGGUUCUUCGAUGAGCGUACUGGCGGAUGCCAGGAGUUCGAGUUCACCGGUUGCCGCGGCAAUCGCAACAACUUUGUUUCAGAACAAGCCUGCUUGCAGUAUUGUCGCGAUCAGACAGCACCCGAACCAGAACAACCACAACAACCAGUCUACUCAGUCUGUACGUUGGCUCCCGAGAGUGGAGAGUGCGACAAUCAUACCACAGCCUGGUUCUACGAUAACGAUAAACUGGCCUGCACAGCUUUCACCUACAGCGGCUGCGGCGGCAAUGGCAAUCGUUUCGAGACCCGUGAUCAGUGCGAACGUCAAUGUGGCGAAUUUAAGGAUGUCGACGUUUGCCAUGAGCAAGUGGAUUCAGGUCCUUGCACUCAGUGGCAGACCAAAUACUAUUUCAAUAGCGACAAGAACGCCUGUGAACCCUUCACUUAUGGCGGUUGCGAUGGCACAGGCAAUCGAUUUAACGAUCUUUAUGAAUGUCAAACGGUUUGCAUAGCAGGACGUGAACCCCAAUCCCCGGCAGGUACUGCCAAAGAAAUCUGUUUGCUGCCGGUGGUUAUCGGUCGCUGUAAUGGACCAGCGGUCCAGGAGCGUCGUUGGUACUACGAUGAUGCUCGCGGAAAUUGUGUAUCCUUUAUCUAUUCUGGUUGUUCAGGCAAUCAGAACAAUUUCCGCUCCUUUGAAGCAUGCACGAAUCAAUGCGGAAAGCCUGUCGACAAUGAGAUUGAUAAUGAAAUUGGCCAAAGUCGCUGCGAGAGUUACGAGAACGAGUGCCGCGAUCUACGUUGUCCUUAUGGCGUUCGCCAGGAGGCGGCCCGUUCGCAACCAGAGUGCACCCAAUGCGUGUGUGAGAAUCCCUGCGAGAACUUCGACUGUCCCGAAGGCCAGCAAUGUGCCAUUGAGGUGGUUAGUUCCGGCGAUCGUCAAUUUGAGCCCAUCUGUCGCGACAUUAACAAGCCCGGAGAAUGCCCACAAUUGGCAGCCAAUGCCAGCAACUGUGCUCGCGAAUGUUACAAUGAUGCGGACUGUCGUGGUGACAAUAAAUGCUGCAGUGAUGGCUGUGGCCAUCUCUGUGUCCGCCCAUCACGGCCCACUCUGCCACCAGUUACUCGUGCGCCUGCCGUCCUUUAUCCAGGUGACGUGAAGGCUGCUCUGGAACCCAAAGAACAGCACGAGCUGGAUACUCACACCUCAAUUGGUGGCAUUGCUGUCUUACGUUGCUUCGCCACCGGCAAUCCAGCACCAAAUAUCACCUGGUCUCUUAAGAAUGUCGUGAUCGAUACUAAUCAGGGUAGAUACGUCUUGACCUCCAAUGGUGAUUUGACGAUUGUCCAGGUGCGUCAAACCGAUGAUGGCACCUAUGUCUGUGUAGCCAGCAAUGGCCUGGGUGAGCCAGUUCGUCGUGAGGUGAAUCUACAGGUGACAGCUGCUACGGAUAUAUCCGCUUAUGUGUUUGGCGAGAAGAAUGUUACCCAGAUUGUGCAAUUGAAUAGUCCAGCUCUGGUGCGUUGUCCAGCCGGUGGCUAUCCAGCACCGCAUGUUAGCUGGUGGCGAAACAAUCAACUAUUCGGUCGUCGUGCCAGCGAGCGGGCUGAAAUGACUCGCGAUUAUUCGCUCUUCUUCCGAUCGAUUCAAUUGUCGGAUCUGGGUGUCUAUACCUGCGAUGCCUAUAACAAUCAACGACCUGCCUCACUAAUUGUCACUCUAAAGGCGGUGGGCCCAGCCCGAUCGCUAAAUCCGGCGGAUGACCAAUAUUUGCAGUAUGUGAUAGAUCCGGCCACAGCGCCAGUGACACAGAGGCCAAGUUAUCCAUAUAGACCCUCGCGUCCAGCUUAUAUACCGCCACCGACAAUCAAUGCCAAUGCUGUUCUUAGUGCGAACCCUCAAAAUUCGUACACGCCCGGCUCUACCAUUGCCCUUAGCUGCGCUGUGCAGGGCUACCCAGUGCCCGAGGUGACAUGGACCAAGGAUAAGGUGCCAUUGCAAAAUAGUGAACGCAUACAGAUUACAUCAUCCGAGCCUCAUCGUUUGGUAAUCAGUAAUGUGAAUGUUCAAGAUUCUGGACUCUAUGGAUGCACAGCUCGCAAUAAUAUCAACUGGAGCUCAAGCGAAGAGACGAUUACAAUUCAAUCUAUCAUACCUGUGUCUCCUGAGUGCAUUGAUAAUCCUUACUUUGCCAACUGCAAGCUAAUCGUGGCUGGACAAUAUUGUGUCAAUAAAUAUUAUGCCCAGUUCUGUUGCAGAUCCUGUACGCUUGCUGGCCAAAUUGCGCAGCCACAUCCAAAUGCUCUAUAAUUCCGCACAUAAAA